AUGACUGCUCUUCAUGUGGCUUCAUUCAGCGGCUGUGUCUUCAGCGCAAAGUUCCUGAUUUUGGUGGAUCGCAGCACCCUUAAUCUGAUCAAUCAGUACUACAGCCCUUUGCACUGUGCAGUCUUGGCAAAAAAUCCGGAUACCGCAAGGCUUUUGUUGGAUAAUGGAGCCAGGAUCAACUCCAUGACAAACGGGCCUGGAUAUGAAACUGCGUUAUCCAUUGCUGUUAAGGUCAACAGUGUUGACUGUGUCAAGUUGCUAGUUGCACGAGAUGCGCUGAUUUUCCAAGAAGGAAAACUGGGCGAUCUGUCGCCACUAUUCUUGGCAGCCGAAAUGGGACACGCGGAAUGCCUGAAAGUGAUGCUGGAAAAGAAAACCGUCGAUUGCAACCAGCUGCGGAAGUCGGAGAAUGGUAACACUGCGCUGCAUAUCGCUGCUGAGCACGGACAUUCGGAGUGUAUCAAAGUUCUGCUCCAUAACGGCUCUGAUCCCAACCUAAGAAAUCUGAGACACCAAUCGCCUUUACAUUUGGCGGUCAAAGCCAACUCGUAUGCCUCAGUGAUUGUGUUGGUUCGACAUGGAAAUGCUGGGCUAAAUAUUGAGGACUACAACCGAAGAACCCCACUACAUGAAGCGGUUGAGUUGGUUGCUGAUAGCCGAAAGGAGAUUGUCCAGUUUUUAAUUGAGUAUGUCCUAAGAUGUGGGUUCCGAUUGAAUUGGCUGGACAAAAUGAAUAAUGAUCACAUUUAG